CAUCCCUAAAAUCCUGCCUCCAAGAGUCCAGAGCUUUUGGUGCAAGAGGAUUGAGGGAGAGAGAGUUCUAGAGAGAGAGGCGGAGAGUUCUAGAGAGAGAGGAGAGGGGAAGAAGAGAACUAAGAAGGCUGCUCUCUCAUUACAAGAAGCCUUUCUCUCUCUUAUUCUGAGAAAAUUUAGACAUGGCCUUGAGAGCACGUCUUGGUAUUGAAGUGAGGCGUCUGUACUCUUCCUAUGCUUCCUCCUUCGUUCCUCCACCAUCACCAACGCCUCCUCCUCCUCCCGCUGAGCCGUCCACAAACCUGUUUGUCUCAGGCAUGUUUUCAGAUGGGCUUAGUAAGCGCACUACAACUGAGGGACUUAGGGAAGCUUUCUCCAAAUUUGGCCAAGUUGUUCAUGCCAGAGUUGUCACAGACCGGGUUUCAGGAUACUCAAAGGGCUUUGGUUUUGUCAAAUAUGCCACACAGGAGGAGGCAGCUGAGGGUAUAGCGGGCAUGGAUGGCAAGUUUCUAGAUGGCUGGGUUAUUUUUGCUGAAUAUGCGAGGCCCAGAACUCCCAACCCCCCAUCUCAGACUGAAUUUCAACCAUGAGGUGUCAUGGAAUUUGAGCUAAUUUAUUAUGGCCUGUGGAGCACUGCUUUUUUGUGGAUUAUAAAUUGUUUGCUGGAGAUGGGAUCAUAAACCUUAGCUUUUGGGUUAAGGAACUCUUUUGAGGGUUUAAGUGCCUGUUUAUUGUGGUAGAAAGGAAAAAGAAAUAGAGGUUCAUAACAGUGGAGGUAUUCGGGUUAGGGGCGGUAUCAUUCGGGUUUAUAGUAGUAGAAAGAAAUGAAAUAGAGACGCAUUAGCGGUUAAGAGGUAACUCUUAUGAUUGCUUGGCUUACUGGACUGGACAUAAUUCAAAUGCUUGUGAGGAAUGUACACAAGGGUUGCCUACAUUUCCAACAGAUUGAUAGCAUCGAAGGAAAUUCCUUGUGGCUGUCUUGCCAUUCAUUGUGAUAAUUGUGCCUGAUCUUGGAAAAUACUUUUACAAUCUCUUAGUAAAAUACUUUCUAGUUAUCUUGCCA